AUGGCAAUUAAACCUCUUAGUGAUAAAGAAAUUAAGGAUAAUAUGGGGGACUUGAAGAAGAAGCUUACAGGAAGCACAACUUCACAUGUUGAAGAAAUACUAAAAAAUUUGGAAAAAUCUGCACAUCAGUCUUUUAUGAAGCCAUUACUGAAUAUACAACCAGUUGUAUCAGAAAUAAUUCAAGAAAAGUGCGAUUCCUUUAAGGAGUCAGAAGAAGAUCUAGUGGAGAUAAGUGGAGAAAUCCUUAAUACCCAGUAA